AUGGCUCAAGGAUAUCUUCGUGUAACUAUAGUCGAAGCAGCAAAACUUACUGACAAAGAUAAAAGAGACUUUAAUGAUCCUUAUGUCGAAGUAUAUAUUGAUGAAAAAAACAAACAAAAAACUUGUGUACUUAGAGAUGUGGAAAGGCCUAUAUGGAAUGAAACAUUUGAAUUUGUUUUAUGGCCAAGUAAUGAAUAUCUUUAUAUAGAUGUCUAUGAUGACAAUCAAGGCAAGAAACCAGAUUUAAUUGGUUCAGCAAAAAUUUCUCUUGAUGAUGUUAUUAAAAUAGGACAUUUUGAUGAUUGGGUUAAAUUACCUGGUUUUCUCGGUUUUGGUAGCCAUGGCGAUGUACACAUGCGUAUGAGUUUUGAACGAAGAUCAGUAGACUAA